AUGGCGAGGGCGGGGCCGGCUGCUGUUCUUGCUGUGGUGGUUUUGUCUUGUGCACUGGGAGCCAGAGCUGAUGGCUCUGAUCACAAGUACAAGGAAGGGGAUCAUGUCCCCCUCUACGCCAACAAGGUCGGGCCUUUCCACAAUCCAAGUGAGACGUACCGGUACUAUGAUCUACCCUUUUGUGCACCAGAACAUCCAAAGGACAAAAAGGAAGCUCUUGGCGAGGUUCUAAAUGGUGACCGGUUGGUUGAUGCCCCAUAUGAGUUGGACUUCAAGGAAGACAGGAACUCCAAGGUUCUCUGCACGAAAGUAUUGUCAAAAGAGCAAGUUGCCAAGCUCCGGGAUGCAGUUGCCAAGGAUUACUAUUUCCAGAUGUACUACGAUGAUUUGCCAUUAUGGGGAUUCCUUGGUAAAUUGAACAAGGACAAGGAUCAAGGAGAUGCGAAGUACCUACUGUUUAAGCACAUCCACUUUGACAUCAUGUACAAUGAUAACCGUGUCAUAGAAAUCAAUGUACAGACUGAUCCAAAUGUGGCUGUGGAUAUCACAGAGGACAAGGAAGUGCCAAUAGAGUUCUCUUAUUCAGUGACAUGGAAAAAGACAGAUAUUCCUUUUGAGAAAAGAAUGGAUAAGUACUCCAAGUCUUCCUCUAUGCCACAACAUCUAGAGAUCCAUUGGUUUUCCAUAAUUAACUCGUGUGUUACUGUACUCCUCCUGACUGGUUUCCUGGCUACAAUCUUGAUGCGUGUUCUCAAGAACGAUUUCAUCAAGUAUUCUCAUGAAGAUGAGUCCCUUGAAGACCAAGAGGAGACUGGAUGGAAGUAUAUUCAUGGUGAUGUCUUCCGUUUCCCCAAACAGAAGUCCGUUUUUGCAGCACUUAUUGGAUCUGGAACUCAGCUUCUUGCCCUUGCGAUUUUCAUCUUCCUCCUCGCUCUUGUUGGUGUCUUUUAUCCAUACAACCGGGGAGCUCUUUUUACUGCCCUUGUUGUCAUCUAUGCUCUUACAUCCGGUAUUGCUGGAUACACAGCCACUUCUUUCUAUCUGCAACUGGAGGGAACAAACUGGGUUAGGAAUCUAAUAUUGACUGGCUGCUUAUUCUGUGGACCUCUCUUCUUGACAUUCUGUUUCCUAAAUACAGUUGCAAUAGCGUACAGUGCUACAGCAGCUUUGCCUUUCGGCACUAUCAUUGUCAUUAUCCUCAUCUGGGCACUUGUAACCUCUCCUCUCCUUGUGUUGGGUGGUAUAGCCGGGAAAAAUAGUAAUACAGAAUUCCAAGCCCCCUGCCGCACAACCAAGUACCCGAGGGAAAUCCCUCAGCUUCCAUGGUACCGAAGCACCAUUCCUCAGAUGGCAAUGGCAGGGUUCCUCCCUUUCAGCGCAAUUUACAUUGAGCUGUACUAUAUAUUUGCCAGUAUCUGGGGGCAUAAGAUAUACACUAUCUACAGCAUCCUCUUUAUUGUGUUCAUUAUCCUCAUCAUUGUCACAGCCUUUGUCACAGUGGCACUUACGUACUUCCAGCUUGCUGUUGAGGAUCAUGAGUGGUGGUGGAGUUUUAUCUUCCACGUGGAAUACAAUUACAAACCUGUAAAAAUGUCUGCUUGCAGAUCUGUCCUGUGUGGAGGCUCCACGGGCAUAUUCAUCUUCUUCUACUGCAUCUACUACUACCAUGCGCGGUCCGACAUGUCAGGCUUCAUGCAGACAUCCUUCUUCUUCGGCUACAUGACCUGCGUCUGCUACGGCUUCUUCCUCAUGCUGGGCACUGUCGGUUUCCGCGCAUCGCUCUUCUUCGUGCGGCACAUCUACCGCUCCAUCAAGUGCGAGUAA